ACUCCCGCCGGCGGCUGGGUUCUCCCGGAGGCGCGCCGGAUCGCGGCGGCCGCCAACAUGGCCGAGACGAGCGAGGAGGUGGCGGUGCUGGUGCAGAGGGUGGUGAAGGACAUCACCAACGCCUUCCGCAGGAACCCGCACAUAGAUGAGAUUGGCCUGAUCCCAUGCCCCGAAGCAAGAUAUAACCGGAGUCCCAUAGUCCUGGUGGAGAACAAACUUGGUGUGGAGAGCUGGUGUGUCAAGUUCUUAUUACCAUAUGUCCACAACAAGCUCCUUUUGUACAGAACAAGAAAGCAAUGGCUAAACAAAGAUGAAUUGAUAGAUGUCACCUGCACCCUGCUACUUCUCAACCCAGACUUCACCACUGCAUGGAAUGUGAGGAAAGAGCUCAUCCUUUCUGGCACUCUAAGUCCAAUUAAGGAUCUGCAUCUGGGAAAACUAGCAUUAACUAAGUUUCCUAAGAGUCCUGAGACAUGGAUUCACAGGCGCUGGGUGCUGCAGCAGUUAAGUCAGGAAACUUCCUCGCCUUCCUCUGUGGCCAAAGGAAACUUAGGAACAGUUCCUGCAGAGAGGACCCAGCGAAUAAUACAGGAAGAGAUGGAAGUCUGUGGCGAGGCAGCAGGAAGGUACCCCAGCAACUAUAAUGCCUGGUCCCAUCGCAUCUGGGUUUUACAGAAUGUGGCCAAGCUGGAUCUCAAGAUCCUUCUUGAUGAGCUGUCUUCUACUAAACACUGGGCGUCCAUGCAUGUCUCAGACCACAGUGGAUUUCACUAUCGCCAGUUUUUGUUGAAGUCUUUGAUUAGCCAGACUGCGAUGGACACUUCUGUACUGCAGCAGAACUCUUUGAAAAAUGAGCCAAAAGAUGAAGAAGCAACAGCUUCAACAGAGGACCCGAGGGUAAAUCUUACCCAGCUCCUGGAAGAAGAAGUAGAUUUCUGCACAGAUCUUAUUGAUUCCUAUCCAGGACACGAAACCCUUUGGUGUCAUAGGCGGCAUGUUUUCUACCUUCAACAUCACUUAAAUGGCAGGUUUCCUCCCAGUUUGACUCACCUGUCACCUGCAGACUGCUCUGGGGGGGCUUUGAAUGACUUGCACCUGAUUCCCGCAAGCCCUCAACUAUCUCAGGCAAUGGAAGUGGACGGACUGAAUGACUCCAGCAAACAAGGCUAUUCCCAGGAAACCAAGCGCCUAAAACGGACCCCAGCUCCAGACUCUCUAGGCCUAGAGAUGGAGCACAGGUUUAUUGAUCAAGUAUUAUCCACUUGUCGGAAUGUAGAGCAAGCCAGGUAUGCCAAUGCAUACAGGAAAUGGCUGGUGACUUUGAGUCAGUGAAAGGGGUGGAUUCAUCCUAAGAAAUUCCCCUUUUAGUGCAAUAUUGCUUUCCUUUCUCAAUGCCAUAGUUGCAUGAACUGACUGGCUAACUAUGUAUUCUUCAUCUAGAGCUUAAAAGUCUGUGAGAAACCUUUUGUUUUAUUUAUUUUGUUAAGAGCCGGCAUUCCUUUGGGUACAGAAUAACUGUAUAGUUCCUUCUUGCUACACAA